CGACUUCAGCACAAGCUCGUCGCUUGAAAUUUUGUAAUUUUGAUAGCCUUCAGUGAUUAUAAUUACACUAGAUAACAUCACUGGAUAGUGGCUUUUCAUCUUCCUACUGCAACAUUUAAACGCUUUCCUUUGCAAUCUGCGAGUGCAGAUCUGCGCAUGUCAAAGAGACAGAAGGAAUGGAUCGGAUCCUAAAAGCUGCAAGAACCUCUGGUUCCCUCAACCUCUCCAAUCGCUCUCUUAGAGAUGUGCCCGAUGAGGUAUACCGAAGUUUGGAUGCAGUCGGGGAAGGUGAGAAGUGGUGGGAGGCUGUGGAGCUGCAAAAGCUAAUUUUAGCUCAUAAUAACAUUGAGUCAUUAAAGGAAGACCUAAGAAAUUUACCUCAACUUACUGUGUUGAAUGUUAGUAAUAACAAACUUAUCAAGCUUCCAGCUGCAAUUGGAGAGCUUCCCUUGCUUAAAUCAUUAGACGUUUCAUUUAACUUGUUACAAAAAGUACCCGAGGAAAUUGGAUCAGCAACUUCCCUUGUCAAGUUUGAUUGUUCGAGCAAUCAACUUAAGGAACUCCCAGGUUCACUCGGAGGAUGUUUAGAUUUAUCUGAAUUGAAGGUGUCAAACAACUUCAUCACCAGCUUGCCUGAAGAUCUAGCAAAAUGUUCAAAAUUGACGAAAGUAGAUUUCGAGGGAAACAAGCUAAAUAGUUUUUCUGGGAAUUUGAUGGCAUCGUGGACCAUGCUUACAGAACUUAAUGCAUCGAAGAACUUUCUCACUGUUAUACCAGAUAACUUUGGAAGCCUUUCACGACUCAUUCGUCUUGACCUGCAUCAAAACAGAAUUUCAUCAAUCCCGCCAUCAAUAAGGGGUUGCUGUUCCCUUUUGGAAUUUUAUAUGGGGAACAAUUCACUUUCUACUUUACCAGCAGAGAUUGGGGAACUUUGUCGCUUAGCAACACUAGAUCUUCACUCAAACCAGCUGAAGGAGUUUCCCAUGGAGGCAUGCAAAUUACAUCUUUCAGUCCUGGAUCUUUCAAAUAAUUCAUUGAGUGGAUUGCCCUCAGAGAUUGGAAAGAUGACAACUUUGAGAAAACUGUUGCUUACUGGCAAUCCAUUGCGAACCAUACGCAGCUCAUUGGUUUCUGGACCUACACCUGCUUUAUUGAAGUAUCUUCGAAGUAGACUUUCUGAAGCUGAAGAUUCUGAAGCUACUACUCCAGCAAAGGAGAUUGUUAUUGCCAUGGCAGCUCGAGAAUCUGUUAGUUCCAAGGAACUUACUCUAGAAGGGAUGGGUCUGAGUGCUGUCCCAUCAGAAGUAUGGGAUUCAGGUGAAGUUGUAAAAGUCAAUCUUUCUAGGAAUUCUAUCCAAGAGCUGCCUGUUGAACUUUCUUCAUGUGUUUCCCUCCAGAUUUUGAUUUUAUCCAGGAACAAGAUCCAAGAGUGGCCUGGUGCAAUUCUGAAAUCACUUUCUAAUCUUUCAUGUUUGAAGCUGGACAAUAAUCCACUGAGACAGAUUCCAUCGGACGGAUUUCAAGCAGUCUCAAUGCUUCAGAUUCUGGAUCUAAGUGGUAAUCCAUCUUCAUUACCUGACCAUUCAGCAUUUUCUAACUUGCCUCAUUUGCAAGAGCUUUACCUAAGACAUGUGCGAUUGCAUGAGGUACCGUCAGAUAUAUUGAGCUUACAACAACUGCGAAUCCUCGACUUGAGCCAAAAUGCUUUACAAUCAAUCCCAGAGGGUUUCAAAACUCUUACUUCUCUUACUGAGCUUGACCUGUCAGACAACAAUAUUUCAGCACUUCCACCAGAGCUGGGUUUACUUGAACCAAGCCUACAGGCCUUGAGACUUGGUGGGAAUCCACUGAGAAGACAGUUGGAUGAGUGAAGGUCGUUUACUAGUUUGAUAGCCUGGCAGUUGAACAUUCUAAAAUAACCAGGCAUUGGCCAUGUUUCAAACUCCUAUCAACGUGAAAAUCAAGAUCUCUUCAUGACAAUACAUGGAAAAGGGUUUUUUCUGGGCAGUAAACUUCUUAAUUUGCAAAGACUGUUGAAUGAAUCUCGAGAGAAAAAGAUUAAGGACCUGUCUAAAUAUACUAUGCUAUGUAAUUGAUAUGGAACAUAAGUACACUUAGCCACAUUUUCAUAUUUCUUUCCACAGAAUUUUUGUAAAGGCUUCAAUAACAUCCAUGAGUGCCCACCCUUUUAUUUAAAUAAAAAUUAGCUGUCUGAAAACAGAA